AUUUUUAUUUAGAGUACUUAUAAAAAUUGCAAUAUUUAAUGUACCCUAAAAAAUAAAGAAAAAUCAAAAAAGUCAAAUGGAAAAUGAACGAGUUACAACACGUCAUCAAGCUGAACGCAAAAAAGUUUCUGGAUUCAAGGAAGAAUGUUCCGAAAGAAAAAGCUACUUAAAGGAACCAAUUUACAAAGAUGAAAGCACAGACAGUGAUUUUGAGGAUGAAGAAAAAGAUUGCAUGAUAAAAGCAAGAGUUCUAACUGAAAAUGAUUUGAAUGGACAAGAUAUAUUUGGCUUUAAAACACCGAAAAGAAAAGAAGCUUUGUCAAAAGCAGCUCAAAAUUCAGUUCGUUCUGGCAAAUCUAUAAAAAGUAGAAAACUAACUUCAUCAUCUAAAAAAAACAUAAAGAAAAAUGGCAAGAAUGUCACACCUUCAUUACCUUGCUUUUCUCCAAAAGAAGAACUACCAGAAGAAAAAGAAAAUGGAAAAGAGGUUAGAUUUAUUGGCAGGUACUCACACAGGUCUAUUCAUGUUCCUCAUCAAUCCACAAUCCACAUCAUGUUUCUGGUAGUACAGGAGAAUUGCAAAAAAGUAGGAAGAAAGAUUCAUUUACACGCAAUUAUUAAUACUGAUGAGGAUGAAUUUGAAAGUGAAACAGAGGAUGAGGAAGAAAAUGAAUAUUUACAAGGCAAUUCUGAAAAUAAUCCUGCAGACACUGACAAGGCUCGUGAUAUUCUCGAUUUGUACUUCGAGGUGCACAACAAGAAGCAUAUAUCUGUUACGUCUGAUAGAACCUUAUCAAAUCUACAAAAACCAAAAAUGCCACAUGAGGAGUUUCGCAAGCAUUUAAAAGAAACUCAGGCUAGUCAUAUAAAUGAAACUGUUGCGUUGUUUGAACAACUUACAUCUCACUUUCAAGAAUGGAUGUUUCAACUGUUAUGUGGUUUUAAUGUGUUAUUAUAUGGUCUUGGUUCUAAAUAUAAUUUAAUUCGUCAGUUUAAAGAAAAUUUUUUAAGUGAUGCAAUCUGCUUAGUUGUAAAUGGAUUUUUCCCUGGUAUCACUAUAAAGCAAAUAUUAAAUACCAUCACAGAAGAUUUACUUGAAAAAGAUAUUCGAUUUAAAAGUAUUAUUGAUCAUAGUGUGUUUGUAAAGAAACAUUUCGAUUCAGAUAAAUCAAAUAAAUUAUUUGUCAUUAUCCACAACAUUGAUGGCGCCAUGUUACGCUCCACAAAUGUUCAAGCUGCAUUAUCUCACAUUGCCAGCGCAAAAAAUGUGCAUCUUAUUGCCUCAAUCGAUCAUAUAAAUGCUCCAUUAAUCUGGGACCAAAGUUGUCUAAGUUUGUUUAACUGGGUUUGGUAUGAUGCAACAACAUUUGAUUCAUAUGAUCAGGAAACAUCUUAUGAAAACUCUUUACUGGUUCAGCAAUCUGGUACAUUAGCCUUAAGCUCUUUAGCUCAUGUUUUGAGAAGUUUGACUCCAAAUGCUCGUGGUAUUUUUAAAUUGCUAGUUAACUAUCAGCUGGACAACAAAGAUAGCUCCAGUUAUCAAGGUUUAUCAAUCAAUGAUUUGUACAGCCGGUGUCGAGAAAUGUUUCUUGUUAAUAGCGAUCUUACCUUAAAAGCACAGUUAACAGAGUUUAAAGAUCAUAAACUCAUAAAAUUAAAAAAGGGGUCAGAUGGUGUGGAAUAUUUGUUUGUAGCUGUAGAUGAGUCUACAUUAAAAGAGUUUCUUACUAAUGAAGAGGAAUAUAUGAAAUAAAACUAUCAAAAAAUCGGAUAUUUUAAACUAUUAAAAUAUGUUUAUCUCGAGAAUAACGACAAAAAAGAAAGUUUCAAAUUUAUUUAUACGGACAUCUGAUGAAUUCAGUUAUUGACGAAUUAUUAUUGAUGCAAUAAAUAUUGAUGACGAAAUAAUGAUCAUUGUUGCUGCUAAAUCAUGAUCUAUCGUAGUCUAUCUUUAUCGUUCACAACCGUUAAAUAAUAAUUGGUUAUAAUUGUUCAUGAUCAAUUUUAGUAAUUAAAGAAAACUUGUACAUGCAUUCUUCAAAAUGUUUCUAUUUUGUUUGCUUUGUUAAAAUAUUGUGAUGAUUA